AUGCGUGUAUGUGUACGUGUGCAAGCCAUUUUACAUCAUAAGUGGGAUAAAUGUGUUUCUAUACCAUAUAUUCUUGUUAGCGAUGAAGCCGGUGGUGUCUGGAUUUUCUUACAACCAGAGAAAGCUGCCGCCACCGUUGAAAACAGUUGUUACAUCAUCAGUAAUCUUGAAAAACAGAAAUUAGUGAAUCAAUAUAUUUUAUCAUCAACAAGUGCUACAUCAAUUUUACCAACUAAAAAAGUUUUUAAAAAGACUCUUUUGUGUAUUAAAUGCGAAAAAGUUAUUGAUAUUAUACAUGGCGAAAUUACUUAUGAGUGCGGAAAUUGUAAUACGUUAUUUUUGGAUGAAGGUGACGAUGAUAUUAAAAGAAAUUACGUUUAUGAAGUUGAACAUUUAAAUACACGUACUGGAUUAUCCACAAAAAGCUCAUUGAGUCAUACAGCAAUACCAGUUGUCGAAGAGGAUAAACGGUGUUUUGCUUGUGUUUCAAUCGAUAGUGAAUGUAUUGUCCCAUGUCAUUGGACUCAACGUUGUUAUUUAAAAUCAAAACAUGCUAAUGAUACUUUGACAGACAGACGUUGUACUGAUGAACGUUGGGUACGUGAUCUUCUAGUAGAUGGUUGUUUAACAUACAAUGGAAAUUAUUGGUGCAUGUGUUCGACAGAUAUGUGUAAUUCCGGCGAUUUUGAAUCGAUUCGGGGUUUCGACGAUUGCUCAAAUUCUCCAUGUACGGAAGGCACAAUCUGUUUGGAUACAAAAGAUGGAUUUAAUUGCAUUUGUCCACCGUGGCAAGACGAUUGUACAUAUUGGCUCAAUUGUGAGACAAUGACCGGACAGGUACCAGAAGAGCUUAUUCCAUUGCUACUGAAAGAGGCAGCCGAUGAUAGCAACGAUGAAGAUUCAAAGUCCAAAUCAUGUUUGGGUGAUCCGUGCGGUUUAGAUGGGAUAUGUAUUCCAAUGCCAGAAGAUAAAUAUGUUUGUCUCUGUCAAAAUCGAAUUAUUGCAGCCAAGAGUUGUGAGGAAUCACAUAUCAAUCCUUGCGAACCAAAUAACCCAUGUAGAAACGGUCGUUGUGUUCCACAUGUAAGAGGUGGUUUUCGUUGUAAAUGUAAUGCCGGUUGGCACGGUAGAAGAUGUGAUCAAGGCAACAGUUAUUGUGCAAAAUACAAUCCGUGUAUUAAUAACGGAACAUGUUAUGACGACAAAGACACAUAUAAAUGUCAUUGUAUCGAUAAUUUUCAUGGAAGAAGAUGUGAAAAAGCCACGCGACGUUGUUCAGUACCACAAUGUUUCAAUGGUGGUGUCUGUGUCAAUACCGUCGAUAAUUUUAAAUGUAUAUGCCCAAUCGAUUAUGAGGGUCAACGUUGUGAUAUGAAUAUCGAUGACUGUCGAAUUGAUUCAUGUACUAAUAAUGGCACGUGUAUCGAUCUCGUUCACGAUUUUCGUUGCCAAUGUACGACGGGCUUUACGGGGAAUGUUUGUCAAUAUGAUCUUCGAGAAUGCAACGAUACACUUUGUCUGAAUCUCGGCACGUGUUACAUUGGUUUUGAGGGUUUUGCUCAAUGCAAUUGUAAUCAAGUAUUUACCGGCUUAUUUUGUGAAACAAGAAUACAUCCGUGUUUUCCAAAUCCUUGCACACAUGGAGGUACAUGCGUCUCUCGCGGAAACAAAGUGGCUUGUUUAUGUCGACCGAAAUUUACUGGAAAUCAAUGUGAAAUUACUUUAGAUUAA